GAAUAAUGGUAUUUUAUAAAAUAAUAUCUGGCGUUAUUUUAGCACAUUUAAUUCAAGCACAGAGUUCGGGGGAUGUAAGGUUGGACAAUUCAAAAAGGCUUGAAAUUUAUUAUAAUGGUGUCUGGGGUACAGUCUGUGAUGAUGAUUUUGAUGACAACGACGCUAGAGUGGUCUGUAGACAACUUGGAUUUAGCAAUGGAAUUUCAUUAGGAAAUGCAGUAGAUGACGGCAGCGGUACAACAUGGCUUGAUGACAUGAAGUGCACGGGAAGUGAAAGUAAAUUAAAGUAUUGUUCGCAUGCAGGUUGGGGAGUAGAAAACUGUGAGCAUUCGGAAGAUGUUGGGGUUCUUUGCAACAACAUUAAAAGUCCAGUUAAUGGUGGAUGGUCAAGAUGGGCACAGUGGACGACAUGUAGCAGCAGCUGUAAUGGCGGACUUCAGACCAGGUCACGUGGCUGCAAUAACCCUUCACCUCAAUAUGGAGGAACAUGUUGUCCUGGAGAAUCAUCACAGACAAAACAAUGCAAUAGUAUCUCUUGUCCAGUUGAUGGUAGUUGGAGCGAUUGGUCCAUGUGGAAAUCUUGUAAUGUAACAUGUGGUGGUGGAAAGCAGUUAAGAUUACGAAAGUGUGAUCGGCCUGUUCCAGCAUUUGGAGGUUUAAAUUGCCCUUCAACUGAUUCGGAAUUUCGACAAUGCAAUACAGCAAAAUGUAUAAAAGUAAUUGAUGGUAGUUGGUCAAAAUGGACAACAUGGACUGAUUGCACAAGACGUUGCAAUGGUGGCCUCAAGGAGAGAGUACGUAGUUGUGACAAUCCUUCUCCGAUAAAUGGUGGAUCGCAUUGCAAUGGUACCUCAACUGAAGCAGACCUUUGCAACACCAUCUCUUGUUCAGAAGAGGCAGCAUCUCGAUUAACAGACGAAACGGAAGAGUUGUACAUAUACCAAGCAUCAGACCAGCCCACACAAGUAAAUUCAACUUUUAAAGAAGACCCGGAAGAGUUGUACAUAUACCUAGAAUCAGACAACCAGCCAACACAGUCAUUCAACAAUUCUGCCUACCGUCAGGAUUUUAGUUCCAAGGAUGUUGCUACAACAGGGGAGGAUGUUGAUCCAUGUGAUAUUUAUGAAAAUUAUGAAGAAAACUGUGAUGUAAGAUUGACAGAUUCUUACAGACUUGAGAUUUACUACAAUUAUGAAUGGGGUACAGUUUGUGAUGAUAAAUUUGAUGACAACGCCGCCACAGUAGCAUGCAAACAACUUGGAUUCAGUGGUGGUGUUUCAUUAGGAAGCUUGGUGGAAGCUGGAUCUGGAACCAUAAUGCUGGAUGAUUUGGAGUGCACAGGAAGUGAAAGUAGACUGUACGGUUGUCCGAGUAAACCAUGGAAAGAACAUGACUGUAGUCACAGUGAAGAUGUAGGAGUUUUUUGCAGCAAUCUUUAUCCAGUAAAUGGUGGGUGGUCAUCAUGGGCACAAUGGACUACAUGCAGCAGAAGCUGUAAUGGAGGGGUUCAAACAAGAUCACACGCAUGUAAUAAUCCAUCGCCUAAAUAUAGAGGGUCAUGCUGUCAUGGAAACACACUGGAGACAAGAUCAUGCAAUCAUAUCCCUUGUCCAGUUGAUGGUAGAUGGUCCACGUGGCAACAAUGGACAUCAUGUAGCAGUAGCUGUGGGGUUGGGUUUCGGACCAGGAUACGCCAAUGCAACAAUCCUUUACCUCAAUCUAUAGGUGUAUAUUGUUAUGGGUCUCCAUCGCAAACAACAAAAUGCAAAACUGUUUCUUGUCCAGUUGUUGUUGGCGAAUGGUCACCAUGGAUGACUUGGACAGAUUGUAGCAAGCCUUGCAAUGGCGGUUUAAAAGAAAGAUCACGUAAUUGCACCAGUCAGUCUCCGUUUAAUGGUGGUUUAUAUUGCAACGGAACUGAUACAGGCGUCAAACUUUGUAACACAUUAUCUUGUUCAGGUAUAGAGACACGCUCGGAGUUAGCUGCCAUUGUUUCUGGAGUAUCUGUCGGAAGCAUACUGGUAUCGGUAGCUUUCGUAUUGAUCUACAUACAUAUGUGUGCUCGAAAGGAAACACCAAAAGAAGGAAUACCUACCAAAGGGAAUGGGGACGAAGUUUACAUCUAUCAAGAAUCCGAUCAACCAUCACAAGCAUUCAAUAAUGCCGCUUAUAAGAAAAACAAGGAUUUAAAGGAUGCAAUAAAAGAUGAGGCAGAUGCAGAUCCGGAUGAUAUUUAUGAAAUUUGUGAAUAAAACAGUUAUAAGACUUCACAGAUAUGAAAAUUCGUAAACAAAUACUAUUGCUUAUUACACAAAAGUAUGACUAAAU